AAGUUCAGAGAAGAACCUGACUAACACCAUCCGCCAUAAACCGCUAUACUUGUCGGCGUGAAGUGAAAGAAAGAGAAGAUAUAUAGACACACAGAUAAACGCCGGCUGGGCAAUUGUCGGUGGAUAUAACACAACUAACGGUGAUAUUCGUUCAUUCACGUCGCUUCCGCGUUCAGUUGACUUGACAGACUGCCGCAUAGUAAUUGGCUGUCAGUGUUCUUCAGCCUAUUCUUUCGCGAUUUUUCUCGUGCUGACAGUGACCUCGCGCCAAUUAUCCUCCGCUCUUGAUCUUGAUCCGCCGAGUCAGUGCCGCAACGGCGGCUGCAUUUCCGCCCGCCAUCCACUGAGCCAGCGUGUCACGAUGCCGGCGCUAAGCAGAGCGUCCCUCUUUUUUAUCCUCUUCUCUCUUCCCUGCUCCUUAUCGUCCGUGUUGCGGAGAGACUUCAGUUUGCACGCGGGCCGCCUAAGGAGAAGUCCCGACCUGAUCUACGCCGACGCGUCCCCCGCCUUCGCGUCGCGCGGCAACUUCUUCCAGCCAAGCAUCGCCGGCCGCGCCGACCUCGGCGACGACACGGUGGCCGGGGACGACAACAGCGCCGGCGACUUCAAGACCAACGCCAUCAGCUACGACCGGCCGCCGGCUUUCCUCUCGCUGCGCAGCCUGGCCCACAACAAACAGUCGCUGGUCGGCUUCGGCGCUCCCCGGGCCACGACCACCGCCGCCACCACUACCACGACGACGACCACAGAGGCCGCGCCGGCGCUCCCCAAACCACAGCCGGAAGGCAAGAGCGACGUCAGCUUCAUCCCGGCCAACAACGACAUCCCCUUCAUCCGCCAGGUGGCACCGCCCUCCUUUGCGGCGCGUCCGAAACCUGCCGAAGCUCCCAAGGACACUUCCGGUCAGGUGCAGACCGCGCCGGCCGUCUUCGGCGGUCCCAGCAACAACGCCGAUGGGUUCGUUAACCCGGCCGCUGCCCUGUCGCAGCAGCAACCGCCAUCCGGGCAGUUUGUGGCGCCACAGCAAGCCGAUUUCUCCAGCGCGCUGACCUCCAACAACGUUGACGCUAGCGGGUUCAUUCCCGCCCACCCAGCGCCCGGGAUCGCCGGUCGUCAGGAUAUGCCGAUGCUGGACCCCAUGAACCCCUUCGGAGGCGCCGGCGGGGGCCAGUUUGGUGGCCAAGGAGGGUUUGGCGGCCAAGGGGCGUUCGGUGGUCAAGGUCAGGACCCCAACCAGUUUGGAAUGCCGCCGCAGGGAGGAUUCGGCGGUGGUGGGCAGUCGCCCAACUUCUUCGGCGGCGCCGACACCGCUAAUCCGCAGUUCGGCGGUGGCUCCAACUUCGUCCCGGGCGCCGACCAGUUCACCAGCCAGCAGGUGCCGUCGUUCGGCGGCCAGAACAACAUCUUCCAGCAGGUGCCGCUGCCCAACAAUCCCGGCCAGUUCGACCAGUUCACUCAGGGCGGCGUACCCGGCCAGUUCCCGCAGCAGACGGGCGCCGAUGCCUCCCAACUGGCGCCGCUGGAUCCGGCGCUGCAGGGCCAGCAACCGCUGCCCCCCUCCCAGUUCGACCCGCAACAACAGCAGCUGCAGUUCCAGCAAGCACCGCAAUUCCAACAACCUUCGCAGUUCCAGCCGCAAUUCCCGCAAGCCGGCUUCGGGCAGCCGGACGGCGGACAGCCCAACCCCGCCGCCAGCGGACAGUUUAUGCAGCCGAAGUCGGUAGCGCAGUUCAAUCCCAACGCGGCCAGUGACGGCAUGUUCAUCCCGGUUUCCGGUCAAGGCAAUCCAAAUCCCAACCAGAACGCCAUCCCGGCGUCGCAGCCGCAACCGCUCCCGGAACAAUCCCGCAUUCAAGAGCAAAUCGCAUUGCCGGACGAAACGACCCCGGCGGCCACGGAGCCCCCGAAACCGGCGGACGAUACCAACGCCGCAGCGGCCGUGGCCAGCGCCGAUCCCAACCAAGCCCAAGAUAAUCAGGAAAACCCCGGCGAAGCACAGCAGCGCGCCUUCUUCGACGCGGCCCCGAUGCCGGGCAACCCAGCGAUGGCGCCGCAACCCCAAAUCCAAGGCCGGGAGUUGUCGGCACAAGCCGGUGCCCAGGCACUGCAGCAGCCCAGUGCACGCGACGCCUACGGUGCCUCGGGCCAGCCGGGCUACGCGGGCGGGAUGGCCGGACCGGCGGGAUACUCGGGCGGCGUGACGAACUACGUCGGAAGCGGCGGGUACGGCGGCGGUGGAGGUUAUACCGGCGGCACGGGCAGUAGCCGGUACAGUCCGUUCUUGGGCGGGAUCGGCGGUGGGACCGGGUUCGGGUAUCCGUCCGGUGGAGCGCCCUAUCCGUACGGCGCUUACGGCGGCUUCGGAUACGGUUACCGACCCUACUACCUCGGCUACAACUACGACUUAGCGCCCUACGGAAUUCCCCAGCCGACGGACUUCCUUCUAUACGGCAAGAACACCCUUCACCCUGAGAAGACCUACUAUCUCAAGGGCGCCACCGAUUCCGCGGCGUCCGGCGGCACGCGCAAAUAAUUUCUCAUUUUUCGCCGAUCGCUGCUACUAUUUUGUACAAAAUUCUCUGGAUGCGAAAAAAAUGUGAAUUAAAUUAACCGGUUAAAUACGAGAAGAAUCUACCUGUUUUCGUGAUACGUUGACAUUCGGCACUCUGAUAUAUACAUAUGUACCGGCAGAUUUUGGAUAAUCGCUGCGUUAUUUUUGGUUAUUGUUCUGGCGUUGUUACGUAGUUUAACUGGAAUGUGUACUUUGUUAACUGGCCUGCUGAUGAGCGAGAAAAAUAAA